CCCCGAGACAGGAAGACCUGUCAAUUCCUCCCAAUCCAUGAGCACAGCCUCUUCAAAGUAGUUUGUUCUGCGUGUUGUCACAGGCAGUGACACAGGAGGUUUAAACUCACCACAUUCCGACACAUUUCACAACUGAGGCAACUCAACCCAAACCAGCCAGGGCGUCUCAUCUCAGCCCUCCAUGCUCCUGCAAUCCGGGGGGUGUUAGAUCCAUGGAAGUGGCCGGUUUCUACGACGAGGGCAGCUUUGCUAUCCACAACAGAGACAGCAUUAUCAGUCCAAUUGGCGGCGGCGGCGGCGGCUCAUACUGGAGGCUCGGAGACUCGAUGACGGAGCUGGGCAUUGAGGAGCGGGAGAGAGCGAUAGACUUCAGCGUUUACCUGGAUUCAGCUUUGCACUGUCCGCAGCUGGCGGCGCAGACGCAGCAGCAGGGGGACGUUUUCUCAGAUUUCCUGGCGGAGAACAAGAGCAAAAGAGUUGCAGCUUUACACAACUACAAGACCUACUCGCUGCUGAACGAGCUGGAGACGAGUCAGUGCGACAACUUGAGGGACCCCAGGGAGCCCUACGCGCUGGGUUACACCGAGCUGCAGGAGACCCGGGUGGAUAGUGUGCUCAGCCCUGAACUCGUCGGGAGCCGCUACAGAGCUGUUGCUGCUGCUGCUGCUGCCGCCGCCGAGAGAGACGACAGUCAGGAAGACGCAAAGAUGGAGAACGGGUCGUCUGGGUUUGACAUGAGGUCUUACCUUCACUACCAGUCCACCAGCGGCAGUCUGGGAAACAUCUCCACUGCGUCCUCGACCUGCUCCAGCCCGCCCGGCACACCUGCUCCGUCAGGUAAGAGCAGGUCGCCGUCGCACGGCGGCAAAAUGUCAAGCGGGAAGUCAAAGAAACGCCUGGACAAGGACAGUGAAGAGUACCGACUGAGGCGGGAGAGGAACAACCUCGCCGUGAGGAAGAGCAGGGACAAAGCCAAAAUGCGCAACUUGGAGACUCAACAUAAAGUGCUGGAACUGGCUGCGGAGAACGAUCGUUUACAAAAGCGCGUUGAGCAGCUGUCCAGAGAGCUGGCCACCCUGCGCAACCUGCUCUCUGCCACCGGGCAAUGUUAGAACAAACCUCCGCACGGCUCUCCGGGCUGCUCGUCUAAUCAUUGAUGGACUUUGGAGGUGAUCCACUGUGCUGAACGCGGUACGCUUCACAGGUGAAGACAGCGACCACCAGUUUACAAGGACACUUUGAAUGGGACUGAAGUAGUGGGUGCAUGGAUUGCGCAAUCAUUCACGACUCUUCACAUGCCACCGUAGCUUUAUUCUCAGAUGUAAUUUUUUGGUGUUAUGCAGUAUUUCUGUGCAGGUUUUACAUACAUGCGAGUGAAUUUCUACAUUUUUGUGUAUCUGGAGCAAUGGUUGUCAAGGGAAGAGUUGUGCUGCAGUGAAAUGAUGCAACUCUUUGUAAUAGUAUUGGCAAUGAAUGAAAUAAGUCUAAUUAUUUAAUAUUAAAAGGUGAAAUGCUUUAAUUGUACUUGAUAUUUUAUUGAAUUAAACAGAUUUAUACUUUGUUUAAACAA